AGUUGAAGAGAAGGACGAAGGAAGAGUGGGAAGAAGAGGGAAGAAGGGGAAGAGAGAGAAGCUGGUUCGAGGUGUUUAAGGUGAGGCAGAAGGAUGGAAGGCUAGAAAGGAGUCAGUGAGAGCUAUGGAUGGGGAUGGAGUGCCUGGGGAGCAGAGGCCCCUUCUGGGCCCCACCCAGAGGAGCCGUGGCCAAGUGGUCCAGGGACGCCGGCGGGCCGCAUGCAUUGCUGUGCUCCUGGCUGAGAUGCUCGAACGAGCCGCCUUCUUUGGUAUCUCCUCCAACUUGGUGCUCUACCUCAACAGCUUCAACUUCAACUGGGAUGGUGAACAGGCGUCUCGGGCUGCCCUGGUCUUUUUAGGGGCUUCCUACCUUCUGUCCCCCAUUGGGGGGUGGCUGGCAGACGUCUACCUGGGCCGUUACGCUACCAUCAUCACCAGCCUCCUUAUCUAUUUGGUCGCCUCUUGCCUGUUGCCCAUUACUGCCUUCCCUGAUGGCCGGAGGUCCUUCUGUGGGGAGAUGCCGUCCUUCAUCAUCCAGCCCUCCUGCCCUGCCAAGGGCUGCCAAAGGGAGUCUCCCAGCCCCUACUGUGCCCCAACCAUGUAUGGAGGCCUUCUGCUGCUGGCCCUGGGCAUCAGUUCAGUCAAGGCCAAUCUCACAUCUUUUGGUGCUGACCAGGUGAUGGACCUUGGCCGAGAUGCCACCCGACGCUUUUUCAACUGGUUUUAUUGGAGCAUCAACCUGGGGGCAGUUCUGUCCCUGUUCCUGGUGGCCUUCAUCCAGCAGAAUAUAAGUUUCCUGGUGGGCUACAUCAUCCCCGUGGUGUGUGUCGGCCUUGCCCUGACCGUCUUCAUCUGCGCAGGCCCUACUUUCAUCACCAAGCCCCCCACUGGCAGCCAGGUAUCUUCCGUGCUGAAGCUUGCCCUCCAAAAGUGCUGUCCUCGGUGCUGCCCCUGUUUGGUCAGAUCCUCGCAAGAUGCAGAUGAACUGCCUGGCAGGCGGUCACUAUGGGGUGCUUCCCACCAUGAAGAUGUCGCUAACUUCUGGGUGCUGAUGAGGAUCUUGCCAGUGAUGUUGACACUGGUACCUUACUGGAUGGUGUAUUUCCAGAUGCAGUCCACCUACGUCCUCCAGGGCUUGCACCUCCAAAUCCCACAUAUUUUCCAGACCCACUUGGACAAUGGCAACAACAGCAACAAGCUUUCCCAGGACAGCAGCAGCUAUAGGUUUCCGGAAGCCUGGCUCCUUUUGGCCAACGUGGUCAUGGUGCUGAUUCUGGUCCCCCUGAAGGACCACGUCCUCGAUCCGUUCCUGCAGCGGCGGAAGCUGCUUCCCUCACCCCUCAAGAAGAUGGCUCUGGGCAUGUUCUUUGGUUUUACCUCCGUCAUUGUUGCAGGCAUACUAGAGACCAAGAGGCUCCAAUACAUUCACCACAAUGAGACGGUGGCUCAGCAAAUUGGACAAGAUGUGUACUUUGCCGCGCCUAUGUAUAUCUGGUGGCAGAUCCCUCAGUAUCUCCUCAUUGGCAUCAGCGAGAUCUUUGCCAGCAUCCCAGGUCUGGAGUUCGCCUACUCAGAAGCUCCCCGAUCUAUGCAGGGAGCCAUAAUGGGCAUCUUCUAUUUCCUGUCUGGGGUCGGCUCAAUUUUGGGCUCCGGCCUGGUGGCUUUGCUGUCCCUCCAAGCAGGGGGCUGGCUGCACUGUCCCAGGGAUUAUGGAAACAUUAACAACUGCCGGAUGGAUCUCUAUUUCUUCCUGCUGGCUGGCAUCCAGGCUGCCACUGCCCUCCUCUUCCUCUUGAUCGCCAACCAUUACGAGUGGUCAGCUCCUGCUCCCACCUGCCGCCGCUGCCCUGGGCGAGAGGGUGGCUGAGGGAGGGCUCCAAGGGCCAGGCCCAAUCAGAGUCAACAACCACAAGGGACAGGCCUUGCCACCUCAGGGCUCUGAUUUCCUUUCCACUUUAUUUUGUACUCAACGUAAGAAUAAAACAUUUG